AUGAACUCGCACGAGCUGGCCCACUACCUCGCUGACCAGCCGCCCUCGGUCGUCAGGCUUGAGAUUGAGAAGCACUUCGAGCCUCUGACUGACCAGCAGAAGCGCUAUGCUCACUUUAUCAGCAAGGCCGCCUUUGCUGGUACCAGGAUCGUCCUGCGCCAGAUCUCUCCCGAGUCUGAGCCCAUCUACGAUCUGAUUCUGGCUCUUCACAAGUCUGCCAAGGGCGACUGGAACGCCUUGGCCAAGCAGGCCGGUGUCGAGGAGGAUGAGGUCACUCGCUUCCUCGAGUACGCUGCCAUGUUCCUCGGCAACAAUGGCAACUACAAGAGCUUUGGCGACGCCAAGUUCAUCCCCCGCUGCAGCGAGAAGACUGUUGCUGCUCUGGCUGCCACCUCCCCCGAGGCUUCCAAGUUCUAUGAGGCCACAAAGGGUGGCAUCUUCAGCGCUGACAACCCCGCUAUUAUGCACUUUGGCUACCCCGAUGAUGGCCAUAUGACAACCUACUAUCCCGACUCUCCUCACAUCACCAAGGCCGAGAUCAAGGCCGUCUCGGACUGGAUGGAGGCCAAGGGUCUCCUGCCCGAGAACAACCGACUCCGAAAGCUCCAGGAUGGCAACUUUGAGAUUCUGAUUGCCUCGGCCGUCAAUAACAUCCCUGCUGAGGGUGGUGAUAUCGGCAAGGAGACCGAGUUCACCAUCGAGGACGGGCCUCUGAAGGGCAAGACUAUCAAGCUUGUCUACGGCGACUAUUCCGCCGAGAUGAAGAACAUUGCCACAUUCAUCAGUGGAGCUGCAGAGAACGCCGAGAACGAUACCCAGAAGAACAUGCAUAUUGCCUACAACAAGUCCUUCGAGUCCGGCUCUCUGAAGGAGUUCAAGGACAGCCAGCGGUUCUGGAUCAAGGACAAGGGCCCCAUGGUCGAGUCCAACAUCGGUUUCAUCGAGACGUACCGAGACCCUGCUGGUAUCCGUGGCGAGUGGGAGGGUUUUGCCUCCAUCGUGAACCUUGAGCGAACUCGGGCCUUUGGCGAGCUUGUAUCCAAGGCCCCCCAACUCAUCCCUCUGUUGCCCUGGGGUAGCGAGUUUGAGAAGGACAAGUUCCUGUCCCCUGACUUCACCUCUCUUGAGGUCCUGACUUUUGCCGGCUCCGGUAUCCCUGCUGGCAUCAACAUUCCUAACUACGAUGACAUCCGACAAACUGAAGGUUUCAAGAACGUUUCCCUCGGAAACGUCAUGAGUGCCAAGGCCCCCGAUGAGAAGAUUCCUUUCAUUCGUGACGAGGACCUCGAGGUCUACAAGAAGCAGCGAGACGCUUCUUUUGAGGUCCAGGUUGGCCUUCACGAACUGACUGGUCACGGUUGCGGCAAGCUCCUGCAGGAGACAUCUCCUGGUAACUUCAACUUUGACAAGGAGAACCCUCCUGUUAGCCCCGUCACCAACAAGCCCAUCACGACAUGGUACAAGCCUGGUCAGACCUGGGGCUCCGUCUUUGGUAGCAUUGCUGCGUCAUACGAGGAGUGCCGAGCUGAGCUUGUCGCUAUGCAUCUGAGCUGCGAGUUCCCCGUCCUUAAGAUCUUUGGCUUUGGAGAUGGCUCCGAGAACAUCAACGGUGAGGCCGGUGAUGUGCUUUAUGCUUCAUACCUCUCCAUGGCUCGGGCUGGACUUGCCUCUCUCGAGAUGUGGGAUCCCAAGAGCCAGAAAUGGGGACAGGCUCACAGCCAAGCUCGCUUCUCCAUCCUCAAGUGCUUCCUUGAGGCCGAAGACGACUUCUGCAAGCUUGACUACAAGGAGGAUGACCUUUCGGAUUUGACUAUCAAGCUGGACCGCUCCAAGAUUCUCACGGCCGGCCGAGAUGCUGUUGCGAAGUACCUCCAGAAGCUUCACAUCUAUAAGUCUACUGCUGAUGUCAAGACCGGUACCGACUUUUACGUCCACAUGACGACUGUCGACCCCGAAUUCUGGGGCAAGAAGGUCCGCGACACUGUUCUCAAGAACAAGCAGCCUCGCAAGGUCUUUGUUCAGGCCAACACCUCGUUGGACGAGGCGUCUGGAAAGGUUUCGAUCAAGCACUACGAUGCGUCGCUUGCGGGCAUGAUUGAGAGUUGGGCGGACCGCGACCUGUAA